CCCACGCAUUUUUGUAAAUACUUCUGUGUAGUUUGGAGCAUUUGGAGUAUAUUUUUUCAUGGCAAACAGUCUCGUGUAGAAUAUCUCAGUUUCAAUUUGAUAAAGGCACUUGAAAAUCACACGUUCUCGCCUGCCAGUGUUGAGCUAUCUUUUAAAAAGUACAUAAUGAUUUAUUGUGCCAUUGUUGUGCGUUAAAUCAGCUGUUCAAGAAUGGAAAGUACACCAAUGAAGAAUCUUCAGCAAUCAACGAACCCAACAAAAAUGGCAACAGAACGCCAACCACUCCUGUCUCAGGCAGAACCUGUCGCUGAGACACAACCAGCCGUUAUGCCACGUCCGGACAUCAGGACCUCACCUGAGUCCGCUCUUGUGGAUGUCCACAGUGAAACCACAAUUGUGGAAGAAACUGUUGAGGGUGACUCAAAGGAGAGUCUCUAUGAUUCAUCCAUGUAUGAUCCAUGGUCAAAUCGCAAACUCGAGCAUCCCACAUCGAAUCUCGAUACCCUGAUACACUUGCUGAAAGGGAACAUUGGUACAGGCAUUCUUGCAAUGCCGGAUGCUUUCAAAAAUGCUGGUCUCUAUGUUGGACUCUUUGGCACUUUGAUGAUGGGUAUCAUCUGUACACAUUGCAUGCACAUUUUGGUAAAGUGUUCACAUGAGCUCUCUCGUCGACUGCAAAUCCCCUCGUUAGGCUUCUCAGAAGUCUGCUGUGCAGCCUUCGUGACGGGUCCUUUCGGACUCCGCCGAUAUGCACAGCUCGUGAGGAUAAUCAUCAAUAUCUUCCUGUGUAUCACACAGCUGGGCUUCUGCUGUGUCUAUUUCCUUUUUGUGGCACUCAAUCUGCAGGAGGUGAUUGCCAAAUACUACGUAAAGAUAGACGUUCGUGUCUACCUGGUGCUUAUACUCAUUCCAAUGAUUGCUCUCAAUAUGGUGCGGAAUCUCAAGUAUUUGACCCCAGUGUCUCUCUUGGCGGCUGUUUUGACUGUCUCUGGGCUGUCUAUCACCUUCUACUACGUGCUACAGGAUUUACCACCAACUUCCACUGUAAAAGGAUUUGCCAGUUGGGCUCAAUUGCCGCUGUAUUUUGGUACGGCAAUUUAUGCUUUUGAAGGCAUAGGGAUUGUGCUUCCACUGGAAAAUAAUAUGGGCAAUCCAGAAGAUCUUGGUGGAUGGACAGGAGUACUGAAUACAGGAAUGGUCAUUGUGGCCUGCCUCUACACAGCUGUAGGAUUCUUUGGGUAUCUCAAGUAUGGAGAUAAAGUUAGUGGAAGUAUUACUCUUGAUCUACCAAAUACAAUGUUAGCUCAGUCGGUACGGAUAGUAAUGGCCGUUGCCAUUUUCUUCUCGUACGGCCUGCAGUUCUACGUUCCUGUAAAUAUUAUUGGACCCUGGGUGAAGAGUCACUUUCAAACUGAACAGCAUCAACAGUAUGCUGAACAUAGCUUCAGGAUUGGGCUUGUCUUCUUUACAUUUAUAUUGGCCGCUAUAAUUCCGAAUCUCGGCGGUGUAAUCUCUCUCGUUGGUGCCAUGAGCAGUUCAAUGCUGGCUCUCAUCUUCCCGCCACUCAUUGAGAUUGUAACAUUCUGGCCGUCAGAUCUGGGUCGGUACUAUUGGAUCCUCUGGAAGGAUCUGACCAUCAUGAUCUUUGGCAUCUGUGGCUUUUUCUUUGGCACCUAUACCAGUUUGUGGCAAUUACUCAACGAACGCACAGAAGCCUAAAGAAGUGUGGUAGUCUUUUGCGAGGCAUGAUCUCCUUCUCAGAUAUGCGAAGGAGUCUCUCUUGCCAUUUGAUUGAAAAAUCACAAAAGCCAGAAAGAGGGAUAUUCUACCAGAGGAAAAAGAAAAACCACAACAAUCCUAGUUAUUGGAAGAAUUCAUGUCUUCAUGUUCUCUCUCUGUUACUUUUUCAGUUUCUUCCAGUGUGAUCGUGUGUGAAGUUUCUUCGCGCAAAACAAAAAAGUGACAAUAAUAUUUAUUAGGUGAAAAAUUCUUACUAGCUUAAUUUAUAAAAAAAAUUACCAGAAAGUGUUUAGAUUUAUGGUUUUUAACCAAACAAAUCCAGAGAAUUUAAUAUUUAAGAAAAUUGCAAAAAAAGAGAGAUAUUUUUGUUCAGGAGAUUAAUUUACUCCAAUUUAAGUUUAGAGAUGGAAAAUUUAUUUUUUUACCAUGCAGUAAAAUUAGUGUGAAUUUUGUUUUAAGAAAAACUAUUGCCGUUGAGAGACAAUAAAACAGUGUCAAGGAUAUUUUCUUUAAAAAAAAUGCAUAUAUUGAAAUAUUUCCUAUAUUGAAUGUUACAAAGAAAAUGUGUAAAAAAAAAUCUGUCGAAAAAAAAUACAGCAUAAAACUCACCAGAA